AUGAUCCACAGGCUACUCAUUCUCUCCUUAUUGUGCCAAUUAACUUAUUCAUUCUUCUCAUCUGGAUGUAAUUCGGGAUGUGGAAUAUCUCCAUGCCAACUAGGAUGUUCACCUCAGUUCCAGCCUCCUCCUCUUCCACCACCUCCUCCUCCUCCUCCCCCUCCACCACCAUGCUGCCAACAACCGGUUUCUUCGUGUGGCGGCGGCUGCGGAGAUUAUCCUUCAUGUGGUGGCUCUAGCUAUGGCUAUGCUCCACCUGCACAAUCAAGUGGUUGUGGUGGAUAUCACCGUCGUUAUCGCCAUGUUAGAAAGCUUAGAAAGCAUUGGCAUCAUCAGAGAUCUCGUGUAUAA